UAAUGGUGCAAAACAAAAUUGAAUAAACUCAAGGAAUAAAGAUACAAAAGUUGACCAGAUCAUAGUCGUUUCACAUCUCUAAGGCUUAGUGGCUUACUAUAUAAAGCCGCAAAGACAUUUUAGUGAGAACACAAAUUCAAUUCCAAUUCUCAAAGUGCUCUCUUUUUAAACCAAUCUGCUCUCUUCCACUUACUCUCUCUAUCUCUCUCCCAUCUCGUUUCUUUUUUGGUCAUUAAAAGAGAAACCUUUGCUCUGAAUCUUGAAAAUGGAUUCUUUGAUCAAACUCUUCUUCUGCCUCUUUAUCUUCUUAUGUACUUCGCUCUUAUUUGGAGAAAUCAAUGGAGUGGAGGGUUCAAAUCAAAAUCAUCACUUGUAUCCAUUUAGGCCAACGAAGCUCUUUGUGUUCGGAGAUUCUUAUGCCGAUACCGGAAACAUUAAAAAGGCUUUCUCUAGCUCUUGGAAAUUCCCUUACGGUAUCACUUUCCCCGGAAAACCCGCUGGCCGUUUCUCCGAUGGCCGUGUGGCAACAGAUUUUCUAGCUAAAUUUGUGGGGAUAAAAUCACCAAUCCCAUACUUUUGGAAAGAUUACGCGGGAAAGAAACGAUUACAGUACGGAAUGAAUUUUGCGUACGGAGGAACAGGAGUGUUCAACACUCAAACUCCAUUGCCUAACAUGACAACUCAAAUCGACAUCUUCCAGAACAUUCUCACCACCGGCGACAUCUACUAUCCUCCCGAGCUUACUUCAUCCGUGGCUCUCGUCAGUGUCGCUGGCAACGACUACUCCAAUUUCAUCGCCCUAAACCGCCCUGCCUCUGAAUUCCCAGCAUUCAUAAAGCAAGUUGUGGAUCAAACAGAGGUGAAUUUGAGACGGAUCCACGCUUUGGGAGUGAAAAAGAUUGCAGUACCAUCCCUGCAACCGCUUGGUUGUCUCCCUCCCUUCACAUUCGUAACCUCGUUCCAGCGUUGCAACGAGACACAAAACGCUUUAGUUAACCUCCACAACAACUUAUUGCAGCAAGUUGUGGCAAAGCUCAAUAACGAGACUAAACAGUCGACUUUCAUCAUCCUUGAUCUCUACAAUGCUUUCUUGACUGUGUUCAAGAACAAAGGAUCUAAUCCAGGGAGUACAAGGUUUGAGAGUCCAUUAAAGCCGUGUUGCGUAGGUGUGAGCCGCGAGUAUAACUGUGGAAGUGUGGAUGAGAAGGGAGUGAAGAAGUAUAUUGUAUGUGAUAAUCCUAAAACUGCUUUCUUUUGGGAUGGACUUCACCCUACAGAAGAAGGAUGGAGAUCGGUUUACUCUGUUUUACGCGAAAGUCUUACCGCGUCUUUGAUUAAAGCGUGAGAAACAAAAGAAACACACAUUUUGCUUAGGUUUUUUCUUAUGAAGCUCAAUGUUUGAGCGCUCUGUUCCUGUUUUCAGUAUCUCUUCAUUCAUUUGUGUUUGUGUGUUUAAAGAUUGUGUGACUAAUAAAAUCUCUUAACUGGUUCAUUUCUAUUACUC